AUGGGAGCCGAAGAGUCCGACGAGCUGAAGGCCCCAGAGAAAGCCAUCAGCAUCUGGGAAUCCAAGAACUUCUUCAUCGAGCUGGACCCGCUCCCCGGGGCUGUGGAAGCUGUGAAGCAAAUGGCAAAUCUGGCAGACACCGAGGUGUUCAUCUGCACAAGCCCGAUCAAGAAGUACCGCUACUGCCCUUACGAGAAGUACGCCUGGGUGGAGAAACACUUUGGCCCCGAGUUCCUCGAGAAGAUCGUUCUGACGCGAGAUAAAACGGUGGUUUCUGCUGAUCUGCUCAUAGACGACAGACCUGAUAUAACAGGGGCUGAGCUGAACCCCAGCUGGGAGCACGUGCUCUUCACCGCUUGCCACAACAAGCACCUGCAGCUGAAGCCCCCCAGCCGCAGGCUGCAGUCCUGGUCCGACGACUGGAACCUGGUGCAACAGGAUGGCUACGUGCUUCCCUGCAGGAAGAGUCCCUGCAGCGGGAUACGGGGACGGUACCGCUCCUCCGUGGGUCUGGCCAUGGGGAGGGAGCCCUGA